GAGCUCACCGCUGCCAGUCGCGCUGCCCGCCCGUCCCACCCUUUUCGUGCAGACAUUCAGCUAAAUGACGGGCGGAGCCGGGCGGCGACUUCCGGUCGGGGGAGAAAAGUUGGGUCGAAGGAGGGGCCGGGAAGACGAAGGAGGAAGAAGAGAAAACGGCCGGGCGGCGGCGGCUUGUAGGUUGUGCGGAGGCAACGGCUCUCCCCUGGGCGGACGAUGGACAGCCAGGGCAGAAAGGUGGUGGUGUGCGACAACGGCACCGGGUUUGUGAAGUGUGGAUAUGCAGGCUCUAACUUUCCAGAACACAUCUUCCCAGCUUUGGUUGGAAGACCUAUUAUCAGAUCAACCACCAAAGUGGGAAACAUUGAAAUCAAGGAUCUUAUGGUUGGAGAUGAGGCAAGUGAAUUACGAUCAAUGUUAGAAGUUAACUACCCUAUGGAAAAUGGCAUAGUACGAAAUUGGGAUGACAUGAAACACCUGUGGGACUACACAUUUGGACCAGAGAAACUCAAUAUAGAUACCAGAAAUUGUAAAAUCUUACUCACAGAACCUCCUAUGAACCCAACCAAAAACAGAGAGAAGAUUGUAGAGGUAAUGUUUGAAACUUACCAGUUUUCCGGUGUAUAUGUAGCCAUCCAGGCAGUUCUGACUUUGUACGCUCAAGGUUUAUUGACUGGUGUAGUGGUAGACUCUGGAGAUGGUGUGACUCACAUUUGCCCAGUAUAUGAAGGUUUUUCUCUCCCUCAUCUUACCAGGAGACUGGAUAUUGCUGGGAGGGAUAUAACUAGAUAUCUUAUCAAGCUGCUUCUGUUGCGAGGAUAUGCCUUCAACCACUCUGCUGAUUUUGAAACGGUUCGCAUGAUUAAAGAAAAACUGUGUUACGUGGGAUAUAAUAUUGAGCAAGAGCAGAAACUGGCCUUAGAAACCACAGUACUAGUUGAAUCUUAUACACUCCCAGAUGGACGUAUCAUCAAAGUUGGGGGAGAGAGAUUUGAAGCACCAGAAGCUUUAUUUCAGCCUCACUUGAUCAAUGUUGAAGGAGUUGGUGUUGCUGAAUUGCUUUUUAACACAAUUCAGGCGGCUGACAUUGAUACCAGAUCUGAAUUCUACAAACACAUUGUGCUUUCUGGAGGGUCUACUAUGUAUCCUGGCCUGCCAUCACGGUUGGAACGAGAACUUAAACAGCUUUACUUAGAACGAGUUUUGAAGGGUGAUGUGGAAAAACUUUCUAAAUUUAAGAUCCGCAUUGAAGACCCACCCCGCAGAAAGCACAUGGUAUUCCUGGGUGGUGCAGUUCUAGCGGAUAUCAUGAAAGACAAAGACAACUUUUGGAUGACUCGACAAGAGUACCAAGAAAAGGGUGUCCGUGUGCUGGAGAAACUUGGUGUGACUGUUCGAUAAACUCCAAAGCUUGUUCCCAUCACACCCGUAAUGCUUUCUUUUUUCCUUUAUUGCCAAUCUUUGAACUCAUUCAACUCCAGGACAUGGAAGAGGCCUCUCUCUGCCCUUUGACUGGAAAGGUCAAGUUUUAUUCUGGUGUCUUGGGGAAGCUUUGUUAAAUUUUUGUUAAUGUGGGUAAAUCAGUUUAAUUCAACUGCUUCCCUACAUAGACUAGAGGGCUCAGGAUCCUGUCUGCUGCUUUGUUUCUUCUAAGUAGGCAUUUAGAUCAUUCCUGUAGGCUUCCUGUUUUCACUUUACUGCUCUAAUGCUGCUAGUUGUAGUCUUUAGCACACUAGGUGGUAUGCCUUUAUUAGCAUAAGAAAAAAACUUCAGGAGCUUUUACAUAUUACUGGGAUGGGGGGUGGUUCGGGAUGGGUGGGCAGCUGCUGAACCCUUUAGGGCAUUUCCUCUGUAAUGUGGCGCUUUCAGCUAUACUGCUGCAGCUUUAAGUACCUUAAAGCUUCUCCUGUGAACAUCUUAGGGAAAUGUUAGGUUCAGAACUAAAGUGUUUUGGGUGGGUUUUGUUGGGGGGGAGGGGUAACAGUGGGUGGUCUUCUGAUUUUUAUUUUUGAGGUUUUCUCACUGGAGUACAUAGAGGAACUUUAUUUACAGUACUUUGAUUUGGCAGGUUUUCUUCUACUUGUGCUCUGCCUGGAGCUGUUUCCAUAUGAUAUAAAAAGCAAGUGUAGUAUUCCAUUACUAUGUGGCUUAGGGAUUUAUUUAUUUUUUAAAAUCAACCAUGUUAGCUGGGACUAGACUCCCUACAGUCCUUCAAUGGAAAAGUAACAUUUAAAAAUCUUUUUGGUAAUUCAAAUUACAGAUUUAAAAGUGCUUAAGAUCUGGUGUUUUGUUAAUGCUUCUGUUUAUUCCAGAAGCAUUAAAGUAACCCAUUGCCAAGUAUCAUUCUUGCAAAUUAUUCUUUUAUGUAACUGACCAGUGCUUAAAACAAGCAGGUACUUACAAAUAAUUACUGGCAGUAGGUUAUAAUUGGUGGUUUAAAAAUAACAUUGAAAUACGGGACUUGUUGCCAAUUGGUAAUUUUCAUUACUUGUUUUGUUUGUUUGUUUUGAUUUGAAACCUGGAAAAGUACAGUAAAAUUUGACUGUUUAAAAUGUUGACCAAAAAAAAUCAAGAUUUAAAUUUUUUAUUUGCACUGAAAAACUAAUCAUAACUGUUAAUUCUCAGCCAUCUUUGAAGCUUGAAAGAAGAGUCUUUGGUAUUUUGUAAACGUUAGCAGACUUUCCUGCCAGUGUCAGAAAAUCCUAUUUAUGAAUCCUGUUGGUAUUCCUUGGUAUCUGAAAAAAAUAUCAAGUAGUACCCAUACAUGAGUUCUUUCUAAGUUUGAAAAAUAAAAAGAAAUUGCAUCACACUAAUUGCAAAAUACAAGUUCUGGAAAAAAAAUAUUUUUCUUCAUUUUAAAACUUUUUAACUAAUAAUGGCUUUGAAAGAAGAAGCUUAAUUUGGGGGUGACUAAAAUCAAAAGAAAUUAUUGACUUGAGGGUCUCUGUUUUGUAAGAAUACAUAAUUAGCUUAAAUAAGCAGCAAAAGGUUAGUUUUAAUUAUGUAGCUUCUGUUAAUAUUAAGUGUUUUUUGUCUGUUUUACCUCAAUUUGAACAGAUAAGUUUGCUUGCAUGCUGGACAUGCCUCAGAACACAUGAAUAGCCCGUACUAGAUCUUGGGAACAUGGAUCUUAGAGCCACUUUGGAAUAAGUUCUUAUACAAAUACCCCCAGCCUUUUGAGAAUGGGGCUUGUUAAAGGACGCGUAUGUAGGGCCAGUACCUACUGGCAGUUGGGUUCAGGAAAAUGGGAUUGACUUGGCCUUGGGUCCCUUGGUCCAUUUUAAAAUCUGGGAGUAGAAAACAACAAAAAAUGGAAUGGACUCUUAAAAUAAUGAAAGAGCAUUUAUCAUUUGUCCCUUGAAUGUAGAAGUUGUUUUUGAUUUCAGAAUUCUGCUGGUAAACGUGUCAGUUAAAAUGGUAUAUUAUGUGUAUGUAUUAUAAUUUAGAAAUCCCAUUUUAUAAUGUUACUAUUCCAAGGUGACAUAAUACAUUUACAUUUGGGAUUUGGGUGGACUAUUAUAUUUAACUGGAGUUGUUGGCAAGUGUGAAUCCCUCAGGAAAAAAAAAAUCUGUUUUAAAAAGCAAUCUGAUUCUUGGCUCUUGAAACUAUUGUUACUUAAAUCUCCAGUAAUUAAAAAUUUUAAAUUUUUAAAUCAGAAUUGUCAAUACUUUGACCUUUGAGAAGGGUUUCUUAGAAAUACAUUUAGUAAUGUUCCCAAGAUGUCAGUCUUACAAUUAAACUUUUUUCUUUAAAACAUGGUAUUGGUUGUUAACUUUUACACAGUUCUGAGUACUGUUAAUAUCUGGAAAGUAUCUUGAGAUAUCAGUGGAAAGCUAAACAGUCUAAAUUUAACAUGAAAUACUUCUUUUUGAUUCAGAAAAUAAAAUCAGAUUUUUUCAAAGUCA